AUGAGACUGAAGCUGUGGACAUCACCUGGACUUCUGGUCUUGGUCCUCUUAUUGCUGGCGUCACGUGCGGCUGGGAGUCCCUACCAGGUGAGGUCAAUUGUUUUUCGCAGGUACAGACAAAAGUCUAGUUCUGCAGAGUCCGAAAAACUUCUAGACGGACCGGUGACGUGUGGGACCCGACCUUUGUUCGAUGGCACCAAAAUCAGUCACCCCGACUCUCUGAGCAGAUCUACUAAAAUUGUUGGGGGUCACGACGCUGAGCGAGGAUCGAAUCCCUGGCAGGUCUUGCUGUCCUUGAGAAGAGUUAAUAGUUCUCCUAUAUGUGGAGGAACUAUUUUAAAUGAAUACUGGAUUCUGACCGCCGCCCACUGUUACAGGGGUGUAAUCAGCUCUUACAUAGUUGCUGGCGAUCAUAACCAAUUGAUUGAUGAAAAGAAUGAUCAAAAGUUUGAUGUCGAAAACGUUAUAAAGCAUGAAAAAUACCAAAAGGCUACAAAUAAGAAUGACAUCGCCUUAGUAAAAAUCAAGCCGAAGAAUGGCCGUGGGAUCCAGUUCAAUAACUACGUCCAGCCGGCCUGUCUGCCUGAUGCCGACACUGAACUUAAACCUGAUCAAAAGUUUACAAUCUCUGGAUGGGGACGAAGAAAUCGAAACGAAGUAGAAACGCCAAGUGUCCUACAAGAAACCCAAGUUGAACUCAGCAGCAACACAAAGAUUUGCUGUCAUAAUACUUACGACCCGAGCACCAUGUUAUGCUCCCCAGCAGAGGAGCAAAACACUAGCAAGGGCGAUAGCGGUGGACCUUUAGUUGCCUACAUCAACGGCGUUUACCAACUGUUUGGUGUAACGUCGUUUGGAAAUUCGAGCUGUUCCAAUCAUCCGCAUAGUUACCUCACUAAAGUUCAGGCCUACUUAGACUGGAUUGAUUCAACCAUCCGCAACAACAGCAAGAAUGAUGAAGAGAAAUUCCUACCGCCUCGCCCCUACGACUGAUGUAUCACGUGAUGCUCAACAACAUUCAAAGAACGAAAGCCACCAUCGGCCCCAUGUUAGGUUAAACAACUUUUGUUCAUUUGUAAAAGUUAAGAACAUUAGACCUAUAUUUACUGCAGGUUAAUCAAUUCUGAAAAAUCAAAUAAAAACUGUAUUUCAAAUUUUACAAUACAUACUAUUAAUUGAUAACAAAUUAAUAAACAAUAGCAAAG